AUGGUGAUGGCGAUGGCGGGAAGAAAUAUUGGGCAUGAGGAAAUAUCAGGGGAAAGUGCUAAAGGGUUGACCAAUUGUUUUCUUGGUAGUUGGUACACCGACGACGUUGACCUGAGAGUUCGUGAUGAUCAUUGGAACAUUCGCGUUUCUUCUUGCGCCGCCGUAAAGAUGCAGAUCUUUGUGAAAACUCUCACUGGCAAGACCAUAACCCUUGAGGUCGAAAGCUCGGACACUAUAGAUAACGUCAAGGCUAAGAUCCAAGACAAAGAAGGUAUUCCUCCCGACCAGCAGCGUCUCAUCUUUGCCGGAAAACAGCUGGAAGAUGGAAGAACUCUUGCCGACUACAAUAUUCAAAAAGAGUCGACCCUACAUCUUGUUCUCCGUCUACGUGGUGGCAUGCAGAUCUUUGUCAAAACCCUAACUGGAAAAACCAUAACCCUUGAAGUCGAGAGCUCGGACACAAUCGAUAAUGUCAAGGCCAAGAUUCAAGACAAGGAAGGCAUACCGCCCGACCAGCAAAGGUUGAUCUUUGCUGGGAAACAGCUUGAAGAUGGGAGGACUCUAGCUGAUUAUAAUAUUCAGAAGGAGUCGACGCUUCACCUCGUGCUUAGGCUGCGUGGGGGUGGUUGCUAG